ACUAGCUAGUUAGCGGCCGCUGGAAACAAAACCGGAUUCUACUGAAGUUCUGAUGUUACCCAGUUAAACCUUGGCCGUAUUUAGUUACUUGGCUGUUUACUGAUUUCAUCUAGAGGUAGAAACUUUCGUGGUGAAGAUGGGAGUACCGAAGUUUUACCGAUGGAUUUCAGAGCGCUAUCCUUGUCUCAGUGAAGUUGUCAAGGAACAUCAGAUUCCAGAAUUUGACAAUCUCUACCUGGACAUGAAUGGGAUUAUCCACCAGUGUUCCCACCCGAACGACGAGGAUGUCCACUUUCGCAUUUCCGAGGAAAAGAUUUUUGCUGACAUCUUCCAUUACCUGGAGGUGCUCUUCAGGAUCAUCAAGCCACGCAAGGUCUUCUUCAUGGCGGUGGAUGGCGUGGCACCGAGGGCAAAGAUGAACCAGCAGAGAGGACGGAGAUUCAGGUCCGCCAAAGAAGCAGAGGAAAAGAUAAAAAAAGCUCUGGAUAAAGGAGAGGUGCUUCCCACAGAGGCUCGUUUCGACUCCAACUGUAUCACUCCUGGCACUGACUUCAUGGCAAGACUCCAGGAGCAGCUCAAGUAUUUUGUCCACAACAAGCUCUCCACUGACAAGCUAUGGCAGAAUGUCAACGUCUACCUGUCUGGUCAUGAGACCCCAGGAGAGGGAGAACAUAAGAUCAUGGAGUUCAUUCGCUCUGAGAACGCCAAGCCCGGUCACAACCCCAACACUCGACACUGCCUAUAUGGCCUGGAUGCUGACUUGAUCAUGUUGGGUUUGACCAGCCAUGAGCCAAAUUUCUCCCUGCUCAGAGAAGAGGUCCGCUUUGGAGGAAAGAAAAACCAGAAAAGGAUAACGGCUCCAGAGGAGACAACUUUUCACUUGCUUCACUUAUCUCUGAUGAGGGAGUACAUAGACUAUGAGUUCUCAGCGCUCAGGAGUCAUCUCGGUUCUGCUUAUGACUUGGAGCGAAUAAUAGACGACUGGAUUCUAAUGGGGUUUCUAGUGGGAAACGAUUUCAUCCCUCACCUCCCUCAUCUUCACAUCAGUCAUGAUGCUCUGCCGCUGCUGUACAAGACCUACAUCAGUGCUCUGCCCAGCAUGGGGGGUUAUCUGAAUGAGAACGGCCAUCUAAACCUCAGAAACUUUGAGAAAUACUUGGAGAAGCUUGCUGAGUUUGACCGGGAACAUUUCAGCGAGGUGUUUGUGGACUUGAAGUGGUUUGAGAGUAAAGUUGGUAACAAGUAUCUGAACGAGGCGGCGGGAUUGGCAGCAGAAAAGGAAGCCGCCAGCAAAGACACCAACGAGAAUGAGGAUUCUACCCUCUCAGAAAGAGUGAUUGGAGAAGGAAAAGGAGCAGUAGGAGACGAUGAGGAAGAGGACGACGAUAUGUUUGAAACUGAGUUCAGACAGUACAAGCGCACCUACUAUAUGACCAAGAUGGGCGUGGAUGUGGUGUCUGAUGACUUUCUAGCCAAGCAGGCCAAGUGUUACGUGGAAGGUAUCCAGUGGAUUCUCCACUACUAUUACCACGGGGUUCAGUCCUGGAGCUGGUACUACCCCUACCACUACGCCCCCUUCCUGUCUGACAUCAAGAACAUAGCAGGGUUAAAGUUGACCUUUGACCUUGGGAAACCCUUCAUGCCCUUCCAGCAGCUGUUGGCAGUCCUGCCUGCUGCCAGCAUGGAGCUGCUGCCUCAGAGUUACAGGCACCUGAUGACCAGUGAAAGCUCGCCCAUCAUCACAUACUACCCUGUCGACUUUAAAACAGACCUCAAUGGCAAGCAGCAGGAAUGGGAGGCUGUGGUUCUCAUUCCCUUCAUAGAUGAGAGGUGCUUACUAGCAGCUAUGGAGCCCUGCAAUCAGAAGCUGACUAAAGAAGAGAAGGCCAGGAAUCGUCACACAGAGUGUGCAGUCUAUGCAUAUGACCCUGAAGCAGACUUUACAUACAGCUCCACCCUGCCUCAGCUGUUCCCCGACAUCAUCCACUGCCAUGUCAGGAAAGCAGACAUCCCUAUGGAUGCCUGGCAUGUACCACUGGACCACGUCAGCAGGCGCGUCGACCGCUCAGCUCUGUACUUCUGUGGCUUUCCCACACUGCAACACAUCAAACACAAGUUCUUCAAGAAGAAGAGUGGGGUGGUCGUGUUCCAGCAGAGCAGCAGAGGGGAGAACAUGAUGCUGGAGAUCCUCCCCAGCCCAGACGGAGAAGCGAUAUGUGAUGAUGCUGCUGCUAAAGUACUGGGGAAAUCAGUGUUCGUCAACUGGCCACAUCUAGAGGAAGCUCGCAUCAUCGCUGUGUCAGAUGGAGACGUAAGGUUUUCUUUAGAUGAACCACCCGGUGUCCAGAGAGUGUAUGACCGGCCCUCCACUCCUCCUCCCACUAAAGUCACCUGCCUAUCUGACAAGGAGCAGAAGGACUGGGUGAAGGAUGUCCAAGGACUCACAGAACAUUUCUUGAAGAGGAAAGGCAUCAUGGUGAACGAGACAUCAGUGGUUUUGUACGGCCAGCUGCUGACUGGAAGGAAAUACGUUCCCAAAGCCAAUGGAGUGGUGGAACUUGAGAAACAGUGGGCCAAGCAGGUCCUCCCUUUCGCCUACCAGACGGUGGUUAAGGACAUCAAGGCCUUCUACUCGUCUCUGAACUGCUUCAAGAGCUUAGACGAGCUCUUUCCUCCAGCAACCACUGUCUUCAUGGUGGGGAACCCUUACUAUGGAGCCAUGGGCGAGGUGCAAGACUCCAGUGAUGUCAUUAAAGAAGGCCGGGUGCGAGUGGUCUUCAACGUACCGCACGAACCACAGCUGGAGCCCUUAAUCCAGAAUCAGCAUAAGUACUGCGUGAAGUACUGUCCUGGAUACGUCCUGGCAUCCCGUCUGGGCAUCACCAGCUACCUCGUCUCCCGCUUCUCAGGAAGCAUCUUCAUUGGCAGAGGCUCUAAGAAGAAUCCCUGUGGGGAGCAAAAGGCUAACGUGGGCCUGAACUUGAAGUUCAACAAGAAAAAUGAGGAGGUUCCUGGAUACACCAAGAGAACUGAGAAGGAGUGGCUCUACUCUGCUGCUGUGGAGGAACUGCUGGCCGAAUACCUGGACAGAUUCUCUGAGGUAUUCAACACAGUGUCCAGAAACAGUCACGAUGAUGUUUUCUAUGAAGAUGACAUCUGGCCUGAUGUGGACCAGAAUGGGGCGGAGAAGGUUGCUGAAAUCACUUCGUGGUUGAAAAGUCACCCAGUAAGCUCCAUCGGCAGGACGUCAUGUGACCUGCAGGUGCUGGACUCUGCUAUUGUGGAGAGGAUUGAGGACGCAGUGGAGAAAACCAAGGUGAAAAAGAGCACCAAGAAAGUCCGUGUGACAGUCAAGCCCCAUCUCCUCUUUAGGCCCUUGGAGCAGCAGCAGGGCGUGGUUCCAGACCCGGAUUCAGAGUAUCGCCUGUUUGACAGAGUGAUCAACAUCAGGGAGAGCUUCACCGUCCCACUGGGACUCAGAGGAACCAUCAUCGGUAUCAAAGGAGCGGAGCGAGAAGCAGAGGUUCUCUAUGAAGUGCUUUUUGAUGAAGAAUUUGCCGGAGGUCUCACCAUCAGGUGUACGUCCCCUCGUUGUUACCGCCUCCCUCCCUUCGCUCUCAUCAACCUUUCCCAUGGAGCCAGAGUGGAUCACUCCUCUCACAAACUCACCGCCAUCGUCAAACCUCAGCCGGCCGCAGCUGCAAACUUCAACUCUCAACGCCAGCUGUCCGGGCUGAACCACUCUCCACGUUCACCCUUUAUACCCACACAGCAUAACAACAAACAGGGUGUGGUGAAGGCAGCCUCGCAGGGCAACAGGAACUCUCCCUCUAAGGGUCCCAUCCAGAAACAACAGGACAAGGAGUACAGUAAUGUGUGGCAGUCUCUGCAGAACUCUGGGCCUCCUCUCAAACCUCCUGCUCACUGGCAAAAUGAAGGACUUUCCCAACAGGCAAAGAACCAGCACUCGAACAAAGCUGCCCCAGCUGGUGGCAUCAGACUGUUGAAGAAAAAUGAAGACGCCAACUCCAUUUUCCCCCAACAGAACACAGCCAAUAAGGCUACGACUGAAUUUGAGGAACUGAUAGCCAGUCUCAAGAUCUCCAAAGGCAGCCAACAGACCCCACCCCCUCCUGCUCUUGCUCAAGCACCCACCAGCCAAUCAGAUGGCCAGUCAGAUGGCCCAUUGUCUCCGCAGUCCUUCGCCAUGAAGGGAACUUUGAUGCUGAAGGAGAUGCUAAAGAUUGACGGCGCUGGAACAGGAAGUCCCUCUUCCCAGGAGGCAGCUAACACAGUUAGUCAGCAGCAGAGCAGGAGAAGAUCAUCCAAGAAACUAGCAGCAAAUAUGAACACCCCCCACGGUGAUGUAGCUGUGAUAGCUUCUCCCACUCUGGGGGGAUCUCCCAACCUCUCCAACGCUGUGCUGACCAGCAAGGUGUCAGAGCUGGCAUGUGUCUGUGCGGGGUUGGGAAUGGCACCUCCUGAUUUCAGCUUCAUAGGCAACAGACAGACAGUAGUGUGUCAGGUGAAGCUGUCCAAUGGGUUGAUGGUUCACGGUCCCCAGUGCCAAUCACAAAAUGAUGCCAAGGAGAAAGCUGCCUUCUUUGCCCUCCAAAGACUGAACUCAGUGGGAUCGGGCUUCCCUAUCCCACCUGCUCUAUAUCCAGGAGUGGGCCAGAUACGACCCCCACCCUUAGGAGCCAUGAACCCUGUUUUCAGCCAGCAAGGUGGUUUGCUGUUGCCUCCGCAGGGUUACGGCCCUACACCUAUGUGGGGAAUGCCGCUGCCUCCUCACCACCACCAAAACCAGCCAUUCUACGCAGCAGCAGGAACCUUCCCUGGUGCUGCCCGCCCCCAGCCUGCAACGACACUGCCCAUCGGCUCACACAACCAGUUUAUCCCGUUACAGGUGACUAAGAAGCGAGCCUCAGCCAACAAGAAGAACCAGGAAGCUCGAGAGUUUUACAGCGCUGCCCACGUUGUGAGCAGAAACCAAUCACUGAAGGCCCAGAACCAACCCUUUGGCCAAUCACUUGCUCAGAGUGAGGGCGGCAAAGUCGACCAGCCGCACCAAUACACCACCAACAGUAACCCCUCCCCGUCCAGUCCUGGCCUAGGAGAAGCCGUUUCCACGACGUCAGCAGCCCUGCGCACGCCCCCUCGACAAAAUGUCCCAGUGACAGGCCACACCCCCGGCUCCUCCUCCAAGAGGAAGCAAAGAAAGCUGGCUGUCAACUUCGAGGCGGCUAAAGUCUCUGAGUAAUGAGCUUGUGUGUGUCUGUGUGUGUGAGAAGAGAGAGAGAGAGAGAGAGAGAGUGUGUUUAGUGUUUUUAAGCUGCUGUUUUAAAGCCUGACUCAGCAUCUCUGAUCAAAACCUCAUUGAUGUGAAAGUUUCUUAUUUUUACGUCAUAUGUUGCAAAUUCUAGCAAACUCGAUUAUUCCCACAUUAACAUAAAUCACAAUGAGACAAAAAUAUACAACAGAAAUCCAUCGUCCCUUCACGUCUUCUCUUGAAAUCAGUUAUGCCAGUGUAACCUGGUUAUUGUAGUUCCGCAUUCCCUUCUUAAGCUUGUUUUUGGCCAGUUAGCUGUACAGUGUGCUUAAUGGUUCAGAAAGGAAGGUGCAUUCUGGGAUGCAGCCAAAGUUCAAUUUUUUUCCCCUCUUUGGGUCUAAAAGAGAUAAAUUUAGUGGGCAGAUUCCUCUUCUUAGCAGAAUUGAUUAGCGUCUUAUUUAUUUGAAUCAGAAUAUUAGUGCUUUAUGAAGUCCUUAAUUGAGAACUUUGGCUUAUUUAAGAUCUCAUUUUAUUUUUGUAACUCUGCUAUUAAAUCUGUCGGCUGUGUUAACAUAGCACACACCAAAUAAUUCCUGAGGUCUCGGAAUCUGUCAGCAGUGCCGGCCUGAGCUAAAAAAUACAGCCCAACUUGCUCAAAAUAAUGAGUUAGUGGUCAUUAUUUUGAGGAAGUUCACAAUACUAAUUAUCAAGUCAUUAUUUCUAAAAAAAGUAAGUCAUUAUUUUGGUCAUUUAUUUGAGCAACUAGGUCUUUAUUUUUAGAGAGUUUAUCAUGAUACCUUAGAGAAUUGUUUUUCAUCAAAUUGGUGGAAAUGGGCCGCCAUAUUGAUUGAUGUAGACAGAAUAAUCUUCUGACUAAAAAAUUUUCUUAUGAAAAAAAAAUUCACAUGUUUGUUUAUUGAGCUUGGUCCGAUUGUAUAAAAGUUCUAGUGAAGUGAAACACUGCCUUAAAAAUGCAUCGUAUUCAUUAAAUAUGUAUUUUAGAUAAACAUCCAAGUGGCAAAAAAAAGACAUAGUCAAACCUUAACUUAAGUGCAAAAACAUGAUCAUUCAUACACUACUUUGUUCUGUAAGUGUUAGUCUGAGCAUCGAUACAGCCCGUAGAAUUAGAAACCAUUGUAUGUCUUCCAGCCUCUUACAGUGUCAGUCUUAGCACCAUCCCUCUACCCCUCCUCACAGUGUCACUUUGGUUCAUUUACAGCUGAGAAGCAGGAGAGUUUUUACUGAGUUGAGGUGCUGCUAUUGCCUUAGUUUUAGUGUUGGACCCCACAGCAGGCUCCACGGCAGCGCAGACUGAGAACACAUAGUGCAGAUAUGUCGAGAUUUAUCACGCUCCUGGUCACACAGUGCAGAUAGUCCUCUUCAAUCAAUGAAUCUUGGUUCUCAGGGACACGUACACUUCAUACUCUAGCUUCAGAUUUGCACUGCAGUAACAACACCUUCCUGCUUCUCCCUCUGAAUACUCACAGACAUACUAAGUUAUUUACGUGUCUUUAGAAAGUUAGUUUGAGGGCACAUGAUGCUGCGUAUUUGUAUCAAAAUACAUCCAUGUUGUCAGGUUUGGAUCAGUGGUGUUGGUCAGGCCAACAUAGAUUAUCUGUUUUAAUGUUUGCCCUUGUUUUGUGAUCGUUUCCCAUCAAGUUUGACAGCCUUUUUAUUUCCGUCAGUCUUUUUACGCCUUGCUGCAUUUUUGUACCUUUUUUAUGGUUUGAUAACGACUAGGCCAAAGUAAAAAGUUGAAUGCGCACUGUCGUUCCACAGUGCAGAAUUAUGAUAUGAGAAACUAUUGGAUUAUUAAAUACACACCAUAUGAUGAUAUUGCCACUGCAGAGCUGUUGUACACCAGCAUAUAACCCAGAUUAAAAUUCCAACAAGUGUUAAAAUUGCCAGAGGCAUUUUUUAAUUUGUCGGUUAUUUUUUUAUAAACUGGACCUUUGGAGGAAGUUGUUUUAUUGGUGCAAAAUACAAACUGACUCAGAUUUGUUGAGUUCUAUUGGACCCACAGGGACCUUUACACUGCCAGAUUCCAAAAGCAACCUAAUACAAAGUCAAUCAGCUUUUUAAAUUGGAUAGCGGCAGUUUGUGGCUGAUUUUACACAGGUGCAAAAAAACAUUUAUUUUUAAACUGCUAAGAUGAGACAUUUUUCAUGUACUAAUUAUGUACUUCUGACAUUUUAUUUGAAAUACAAACCAACAUUAAAGA